GAUCAGAACCAGAUGUGGGAUCAGGACCAGAUGUGCUGGCCUGGCCCAGCCCUGGGGGAGCCAGAUCAAGCUUAACUCUACCUCUUCCCCUUCCCACCCCCCCAGUCUUCACGGAGGAAGUGCGUCUUCAUACAUCACCACACCUGAGAGCAGCAAGGCUUCUUGACCCACUUGGACACUGAAGCUGCUGAUGGCGGCUGAGCCGCUACCCCUCGGGGCGGGGGCCACAGGGCCCCUACCCAGCUGGGAGCUGGAGGCCUGGUACGAGGACCUGCAGGAGGUGCUGUCCUCGGAGGAGACUGGCAGGCAGCCCCAGGUGCCUGGGGUAGCUGAGCAGGAGGAGCUGAAGGACCUGGCCACGCUGGACACCACAGCUCUGCUAUGGGGCCUGGACACGCCGGUGCCCGCCGAGACCCCUGAGUUGGACGCUGAGCUGCUGGAGCUGCUGAGCGUGACAGCCCCCAUCCCUGCUGGCCCCCUAGGCUCCGACUCCAGCCUCAGCUCCCCGGCCCACACAGGCCCCGAGGAUGAAGAGGGGGGUGCUGGAUGCCGGCGGGGCGAGCAGCUCGUGGGAGGCCGGGCACGGCGUGGCCAGCGGGAGCGGGAGCAGGAGGCAGAGCGGCGCGUGGCUGAGUUGACAGCGCAGAACGCGCGGCUGCGGGCUGAGAUCGACCGCCUCAGUACCCAAGUGGAGGCCACGCGGGCUGCCCUCAUUGAGCGCAUGGUGAAUCUCCGGCAGGCCUAGCACCCAACGGACAGACCCUGGCAUGGCCUGGCCCCUCCCAUGGA